GUAUUUUCUACAUUAUGGUGAAGACACAAGCAUUAUUGAAGAAGAGGCUUUGAUGGAGAGUGACAAAGCAGUAUAUUUACAAGCUCACAAUGGUUGGGUAAUGGGAGAUGAUCCUCUCAAGAACUUUGCUGAACCUGGCUCUAAAGUCUAUAUAAGGAGAGAACUGAUUGUUUGGGGAGAUAGCAUAAAGUUACGCUAUGGUGACAAACCUGAGGACUGUCCCUAUCUGUGGCAGCAUAUGCUUAAUUAUAGUCAGCAGACUGCCUCAUUGUUUCAUGGUGUUAGAAUUGAUAAUUGUCACAGUACACCAAUACAUGUAGCUGAGUACAUGUUAGAUGCAGCUCGUCAGAUCAAUCCAGAUUUGUAUGUGGUUGCUGAGUUAUUUACACAAUCUGAACAUAUUGACAACAUCUUUGUAAACAGACUAGGUAUCAAUUCACUUAUAAGAGAGGCAAUGAAUGCAUGGGAUUCACAUGAGGAAGGACGUUUAGUUUAUCGUUAUGGUGGUGAUCCUGUUGGUUCAUUUUUGCCACCGCCUGCAAGACCACUUGUACCAUCGAUGGCGCAUGCACUAUUCAUGGAUGUCACUCAUGACAAUAAAUGUCCAAUAGAGAUUGAUGUUGUUACUGAGUCUCGUCUGUAUACAUCAUGGAAUGAUAAUGUUGCCAAAGGUUCAGGCAGUGAAGUCAAUUUGAAGUCUGGUAUAAUGGCUGGCAAAAGAGCUUUAAAUGUCCUCCACCAGACCUUGGGAGCUGCUGAUUUUAACCAGGUGUAUGUUGAUCAGGUAGAUCAAGAUAUCGUAGCCAUCACUCGCCACUGCCCAUCCAAUCAUCAAUCUGUGAUAUUAGUCGCCAGAACAGCAUUCCAGCAUCCUUACAACACUGGAUAUACUGGACAUGUACCACCAUUAUGUAUUCCAGGUCAUCUUGAGGAAAUAAUAUUUGAGGCUAGACCUGUGCAGAAAAACAGUACCUAUGUGAAGAGUUCAUCUCACAUAAAUGGUCUGAGUAACUUCUCUUUACAUAUUCAAGAACACAUUCAAUUGUAUGGUAGUAGUAUGUGUGAGUUGUCUGAUGACGGUGAUCCUAACUCACCUGUACAGGAAGUGGAUUUCAUCAACUUUCCACCAGGAAGUGUCAUUGCCUUCAGAGUGUCACUUAAAAACAGUGCAAGGACAGCUGUGUCAUUCAUUCGUUCCUGUGUUACUCAGUUUGGAUUCCGUGUCCGAUCAAUGAGUGGUAACCUCCGUCAGAACCGUGCUAUGGACUUCCGUAGCAUUGCUUCCAAGCUGACACUGACUGACAUGAAUCGUGUUCUGUAUCGUUGUGACUCUGAGGAAAGGGAUGAUGGCAAUGGUUUUGGUGCUUAUCAUAUCCCAGAUUAUGGCUCUUUUGUUUACUGUGGCAUGCAAGGUUUGAUGUCAAUAUUAAAUGAGAUACGACCCAAGAAUGACCUUGGCCAUCCAUUGUGUGAGAAUUUACGCCAAGGUGAUUGGUUACCUGGUUAUUUUGCCAAAAGAUUGAUGUUUUUCAAAGGAACAAAAGAUGUAAGUAUUG